AUGAAGACCCGCGUGUACAAUAAAGCUGAUAAGCCUCCAUUUUCCUACGGCGUGUUAACCGCGCUCGUGAUUCGAACUUUUCCAGAAAAACGCGCUCGCCUGGGGCAAAUCUACUCAAAGCUCGAAGCGCUUUUUCCCGCACUGGCCUCGUCUAAAUCAGCUUGGAGGGAUUCUGUACGACACAAUCUUGUCCAGCGCGAGUUUUUCGUCAAACAGAAGAGCACAGGCUCCCAUGGAUUCUGGACAGUAGAAGUUGCCAAAAUUCCUGAGGCGCAGUUCAAACGCCAAACGAGAAAUGCAUCUCCGACUUGCACGAAUGGCACGAUGGCGCUUGACAUCAGAGAAAUCUUCAACUUUGAACAAGGCGAAUUCAGAAGAGGACGUCUCGAGAACCAACCGCCCAGAGCCAGUUCUGAACCCUGCUUGAGUCACAGUGGCUCUGAGGGCAUUCAAUCAUCAGCGUCGAGCCCGAGCGUCCACGAAUACCACGGUUUCACAGCUUCAACUAGCGAGUCAAGUGUCGAUUCUAGCGACAGUCAGGCACUUGCGCUCGUCACGCAUGCUUUCGUGGCACUGCAACGCUCAGCCGCUACUUUUAACGAAGUGUGGGAGAAGAUCAUCCUCCUUGGUGGCGAAAGAAGCACAUCGGAAGAAGAGGUCUACGAGCUUUUAACUACGAGCACGAUCUUUAGACAUCACGUGUCCGAGAACGGAGAGUUCUUUCAAAUCUCCUUCAGCAAUUUAGCACAGUACUACCGCUAUUCAACGCUGACCCAUUAUUUCUGUUCACGAUAG